AUUCAGUCCGUUUGUUGUCGUUCGUCGUUGUGUGUUUCCGAAAUUUUUAAUAUUUCUUUCCCUUGUAUUUUGUUUUCAAUUUUAAAAUGAUUCAGGAACAUCCAGCAGAAAAAAAAGAUACACUUCCAAAACCAGAAGAAGUAUUGCAACAACUUCAGAUUUUUUUAAAUGGAGCUACUAGAAUUGCAAAGGCAAGAAAUGCUGAAGUUGCCCAAGCUGCUAUAUGUUUGCUGAAAUCCACAGAAGCUGCAAGGGAUGCAGUAUUGGAGCAUGCUUACAACCUGUUUGAUGAGUCUGUUAAUAAUUUUCUAAAACUUGAAAUAGAAGAAAGAACAUCAGAUGCUUCAUGUGGCAAUGAUAUCAUUAUUGAAGAAGUUCAUAAAGUACUUUCAGAAUAUGUUGAAAAGGAGGCAGAAACAUGGGCUCCUGUAAUUUCUUCUUGGUCAUUAGACUUAUUAGGUUAUCUUAGCAGCAAGUAUGCUGAUCGAAGAGGGGUUAUGCAUUCAAGUCUUCCAGAAGUCUUGCAGUUGUGGAUGGCUUGCCCACCAACAAGAACUCUUAUUGAUUUGACUACACAAUGUCUUUCUACACUUAUUAGCAGCAAUCCAGAUUCUUGCAUUGAUGCUCUAAUUGAGACUUCUGUUCGACAUUCGCCUCAUUUUGACUGGGUAGUGGCCCAUAUUGGUUCUUGCUUCCCUACUACAGUCAUCACACGAGUUCUAGCUUGUGGUAUGAAAGAUUUCAUGCAACAAGAUAUUACCGAUGAAGCCAAACUUAGUGCAAACAAGAAUCCAAAGAUUGCAUCAGUAGUUGGUAUUCUUGGACACCUUGCUACUCACCAUGACAAUGACACCCGAAAUGCCAUACGGAACUUAUUCAAUGAAAGCUUCUCUGAUUCGGCAACUAGAGAACAGUUAGCUGCUGGUCCAUUCCUGCUUCACUUAGCUGCUAUGUCUGAUACACUUUCUCAUGUCAUUUCUUCUGAAUUUGUUAAAGUUGUUACUCCUGAAGUAUUAAAUAAGAUGUAUCAGCAGGUUGAAAAAUGGAAGUUAUUAAAAAUUCCUGGUACAGAAGGAUUGGCAAAUUUGGUUGUUCAUUUGCUUCUGCGAAGUGAUGGUGGUUGCCAAGUAAUUCGUUGUUUGUUAAAUAUCAUGCCUCCUUCAAAUAUUAAUAUCCAUUCUGGGAUACGAGAAGCUUCUGGAUUGAUUUUGGAUUUUGUCUUGCUUGAAAUCCAGAGGCGUGCUUAUGGUGGGGCAGCUGAAAUUCCAUUGUUGCAUUUCUUAAAAUCUCACAUUUCAGAUUUAAGUUUUUGUUUAGCAAAUCCUGAUACCAGUAAAGCAAGUUGGGUUUUAAAUCUUUUGAAGUUGAUUUGUUUCCACGGAGAAGAACCAGCUACAAUAUAUGUCAUGGGCUAUUUAAUGAGCCACAUGGAAGGAGCAUCACCUUACAUCAGUGAUAUUUAUCGAGACAUCAGGAUGUAUCAACCAAAUGCCCUUUGUUCAACUAUUUCACAUGAAAUGGCUGAGCUAAAAUCCAACAGGGUCAAGAAACCUGUAUUAUUAAUACAAAAUAUUACCAAUUUGUGUCAAAAAGAACUGUGGCACUCCAUAAUAACCGAAGGUAUGUCUUCAAAUCUAGAAGUAUUGGCCGGGCAAAUCAGCAGCCGAAAUACAGAGUAUUCGGAUGCUGUUGUCGAGUUGCUGUCUAUUUCAGUCAAUCCUAAACAAAUGCCUAUAAGUUCUCUCUUCAUAGUUUGUUCAUCUGUUGUUAGUUAUUUCUUUUAUUUGUUAUCUAGGGAAAACCUAGACCUGGUUAUCAAAAUUAAUUUGAUAAAUAAUGUAAAAAAUCUACUGUCCAACUUGUGUCAGCAAUCUUCUGCACAGCAUGCAGUGUUGCGUAUGUUGCUUGAAGGCAUAAUAGAUAAAAAUCAUGCGAAUAUCUUUGGUUCUAAAGUAGCAAGUGAGUCACCCAAAGCAAACCUCAAUAAAUUGAAUUUACUCAAUGAGAACAUCAAGUACAUGUCAUCAAUUACACUCCCACAAAGCCAUUCCUCUGUCUUCCACUCUGGCAUAAUUGGUUCUGGCUUGAGAAGUUUAUCAAAGGUAAACCUUCCACAAAAAGAUAUUGUGCUGCUGAAUAAACAAGUAAUACUGGAUGCAAUACAAGUUUGUUGUAGACAAUCAUGGAGAUUUCCACUUGAUGAUGUUUCAAAUUUGAAUAACCAUUCAUUAAUUCCUGGAAUGAAGAUUGUUGCUCUUCUAAUGGUUGAAAUAGUGUCACCAGAUGUUAUGUUUAAUGGUUUACCAUGGCCUGAUGAAGACUAUUUGAAGGUAACUGUUGAAAGAGAUUUACACAUCAAGAGAAUGUUUGAAGAUCAUCAUUUACUGUGGGACUUACUUUAUUUAAUUGCAACUGUGCAUCCAUCACUUUGUUAUUGCAGUGUCCUUCUAAGAGCUGUCAUGGCUGUGCUUCUCUCAUUUUGGUGUAGUAGUCAAGAAAAGGCCACUACUAACUCCCCAAAAGAAUUAGAAACUAGUCAACGUCUUAUAAAUAUCAUGGCUAUAGGUCAACUCUUGCCUCCACCGCUUUCAUACAUUGAUGAAGUUCUGCCAUUGGUUACGCCCUAUGAAGCAUUUAAUUUGCUGUCAGAUAUAUGGCAGUAUAUGAGAGACAAUGUUCCGAGCCCUGCUCUAUUUUAUUCAAAAAACUCUUCUUCAACAAGAGUGUGGAGAAAUUUUGCUACUGAUAGUAAUGAAGGACAGAAAUAUUUCUGUGACAAAAAGUACACAAACAGGUUAAGGUUCAUCUUGUUUGCUAACAUAGAAAAAUUCGGAGCUGUUUACGCAAAAUUUUUCCCCGCAAAAAGUUAAAACUGUUUUCUUUCCUUUUUAAACUUCUAACAAAAUAUUUACCUACAAGCCCAGUUAAAUUUUUGUCUUGUUUUAUUGCUCAAAAUUUAUUGUUUCUUGCAUCUACAUGAAAACAUUAACUAAUAUGCUACUACUUUGUCGAUUCUUUUUCUGAAUAUGUGUACCAUGCCAGGUAUUCAAAAAAAGAAUAAGGUACAGUAAAACCCCUCCAAACUGACACCCUUCAAGUGUGGACACCCCUCUUAUGCGGUCAAUUUUUAAUUCCCCGAUUCCAAUGCAAAUAACAUUAUUAAACCCCUGUCCUGCGGACACCCCUCUAUUGCGGACAAAAAAAUUUGUCCCGUUAGUGUCGCAUUAGAGAGGUUUUACUGUAGUAACUGUGUUAUAAAGUACUAACAUGAAUUUUAAUUCCUGGAACAAAAAUGAAAAAUAAAUAAAUUUGUACAAAGUCAAUUAAUAAAAAAUAAUGAUUUUAAAGAUAUUUGCUGGUUUGAACA